GGGAGGCUGGUGGCCCCGGGCCCCGGGGGACACGCCGGCCGUGGCCCCCUGCCAGAGUCCGGGUCCCCGCGCCCACGCCAGCGGGGGGCCGGGAAGGGCUUCCCGCGUGAACCCGCCCCCUCCCCAGGGUGCGGUGGUUAGGUGGCUGCCUGCGUGCGGGUGCAUCGCUGUCCUGCAGCCCUCCACCGGCUCGGUAUCCCUUCGCAGACUUGCCUUUGCGGGGCCCCCUUGAUUGUCCUAGCUCCAGCCCUUCUCCCAACCCAGGUCCCUUAGGCUAGGGAGGGUGAUCCCUUCCUGAUGUUAUGACCCCGCCUGAGUCUCUGAGCACGCCGGUGGCAUUUGGGUGGACCUUGGAUGCUCCCUUGGAUGCCACAGGGUGUCCACGUUCUGGCCUAGGCUCAGCUCAAAGUUUGGGAACUCAGAGGCUCAGCGGGAUCUCCGGAUCAGGUGUUGACCACCCACCCCCACCCCCACCCCUGCACCCCAGUCUGGUCCAGUCAGGACCGUGCACUUUGACCUGUCUUUUUCCACCAGGCCAGGGCAGCUGAUGGUUGUGGCCAAAGUAUCUUAAGGUAGCGGGGCCUGCCCCCUCUCCCCUACCCACCUCCUGUCCUCCCCCCCCUCCCCACCACCACCCUGGCUCCCUUCCCCCAUGACCGCCUGGAUCCUCCUUCCUGUCAGCCUGUCAGCGUUCUCCAUCACUGGCAUAUGGACUGUGUGAGUAAAAGGGCCAGAGGCAGUGAGGGGGGUUAACUAGGAGGCAAGAUGGACCCAAGCUGAGGAGGGACGGGCCCUAUUCAGGACCCAAUAGGAGCUUGAUGGCACUCACAAAUCCCUUGUCCUCGUUGCAGGCCUCAGGAUGGUAGCCAGGGUGACUCUGGCUAAAGCCAGGCUUGCGCCUGGGCACACAGCACCUUGGAAUAAGGUGACACCACUGCUGACCCCGCAGGGUGGUGCUGACAGUCAUCCUUCUAGCCAGGGCAACUUGCAGGGGGACCAGUCUAUAGCAGAGGCCUCUAGUUGGAGGCCAUGCUGUGGGCUCUGGUGUGGCACCAAGCUGAGUCCCCAACAAGGACAACAAGUCUGACUGGGGUCAGAAAUCCAGGAAGAAGUCAGUGAGGGGAGGCUGGCUCAGGGGAGUGGGGCAGGUGACAGCUCUGCUCCUACAGGUAUGCCAUGGCCGUGAUGAACCGCCACGUGUGUCCUGUGGAGAACUGGUAUGGCGCAGUCUGCAGACAGCCUCACUGUAAAGCUCCCUUCGUCUCUGUUCCCUCUUGGGUCCGGGGGCUGCUGCAAGCCAGAUGGAGACCCUGGGCCUCACUGCCCCUCUCUGACAUUGGCAGUGCCUGUCCCUCCACAGGCAUGGCUUUGUGCCCAUCCACCCACUUCCCACCACCCUCUCCCCUGUGGCUUUUGUUUCAGGUGGGCCCUGGGGAGUUGGCAUGUCUGCCCCCGCAGAGGGAAGCCUGGGAGGGUAUCCUCUGUGAGGCCUGAGGCUACAGGCCAAGGGCCUGGGGGAACUCCCUCCCCCCAGUCUACUCUCUGUCCUGCCUGCCUGCCAGGUCCUACAAUGAGUCCUGCGCUCCUGACCCUGCUGAGCAAGGGGGCCCCAAGACCUGCUGCACCCUGGACGAUGUUCCCCUCAUCAGUGGCUCUGAUCUGCCUCCUACGCUACGGGCAGCUCCUGGAGCGGAGUCGCCACUCCUGGGUUAACACCACAGCCCUCAUCACGGGCUGCACCAACGCAGCAGGCCUCGUGGUAGUCGGCAACUUUCAGGUGGAUCAUGCUAAGUCUCUGCACUACAUCGGAGCCGGUGUGGCCUUCCCAGCAGGGCUGCUCUUUGUCUGCCUGCACUGUGCCCUCUCCUACCAUGGGGCCACUGCACCCCUGGACCUAGCUGUGGCCCACCUGCGAAGUGUGCUGGCUGUCAUUGCCUUUGUCUUCCUGGUUCUCAGUGGGGUCUUCUUUGUCCACGAGAGUUCUCAGCUGCAGCACGGGGCAGCCCUGUGUGAGUGGGUGUUUGUCAUCGACAUCCUCAUUUUCUAUGGCACCUUCAGCUAUGAAUUUGGGGCCAUCUCCUCAGACACACUGGUGGCCGCACUGCAGCCUAACCCUGGCCGGGCCUGCAAGCCCUCAGGAAGCAGUAGCACCUCCACACACCUCAACUGUGCCCCCGAGAGCAUCGCCAUGAUCUGAGAUCUGGGGAGGGUGGCUGGCCCAGCCCCCACGGCUUCCAACCCCACCUUCUUUGCAUUUAAUUUGUACCAAAAACGCUUUCAAGUAUUACGUUGGGUUGCGGGCUUCCUCACUCCUGGAGUGGCCAUCCCACAUCCAUCUGUGCCAGAGAGGAGCAGCCCUGCCGGCUGCCCAACUGCUGCUCUCCCACUGCGGAUGGUUUGUGUUCUAAGAUCACCUAUCUUCACUCGCCCAGCCAGCCCUUCAGGUGCCUUCUACUCCCCAGUUCUGAAGCCAGACCACUGGGGUUCCCUGCUGCAGGAAUUUGGGGCUGGGAAAGGUGAGAGGGAUAAAUAGCUGGUGGGGGGCAGGGGGGCUGUGCAUGGCUUAGUCUGGGAAGGCCCACUUCCGGGCCCACUGAGACACACCGGGAUUCUUCACUCUGCCCCUCACUUCCUUUAGAGUGAAUAACACAGCAGAACCAUGUGGGUAUUUUAGUACUUUUUUUAUAUCUAUUAAAAGAAUUCUAAUUUGCAUAUGUAUAGUCUGUUCUGGAGAAUCAGAGAGGGCCUGAUCCAGCAGGGCUUUCCUUAGACAAGACAGUGGACAGGAGGAAGCCCCACCCAGGGAGAGUCCUGAGUGCCCUCUGCUCUUUGAGCUCUUUGAGCAGGGCAGCUAGGUGCAAACAAAAUUCCUCUCAAGGGCUUGCAGUCUGAAGAACUGACCUGGUCUGAUAAUCUUAUUCACAGUUCCCUUCCCCAUCUCGGAGUGUGGUUUGAACUUUGAUUCUGGGGUGGAGGGUGGGGGAAUGUGUUGAAGGAGCAGCCUUAAAAUGUGAAAAGCUACACAAAGUUCCUGGGAUUCCAAGGUUAACUAAAAAUUGCCAGAGGGGAGGGGGUAUAAGCUGGUUUUUCUUUACCAGCUUUUCAGUAGCUACUGGUGCCAGUUUCUGACCCAUUUUUCCUUCCAACCAUGAACACACAGGCCAAAGCCCUGGUUGGUCCAAUAGCCAGGUUCUUUACUGCCCUGAGUCCAGAUGGGCCAGCAGGCUUGUGAGGGAGGGAAACAAAGCCUGGAGCCUCCUGUGGUUCAGGAACACCUUCCCCAGUAGCAGUAGGACUUGAUGGGGCAGAGCACCCUCCCAGGCCUGUGAGCAAUGCAGCCGAAGGGUGGGUAAAGAGAGCUUUAAUGAGGAUUCAAGGUUCAAGAGGAAGACGUUGGGAGGGCUGGUGCUCAACCACAACUGCCUCAUGUGUACAUGGCUCCAUGGAGGUUCUCGAGUCGGUGCUUCUGCUGCUCCUUUCGAGCCUGAGGGAAAGAGGGCACAAUGGGCAGGGGCCAUCCCUGAAGGCCUGUAAGUGAGGGAAUAGGGCAACUGAAGGCCAUUGGCAUCUGCAUUGCUGAAGUGCUCACCCUUCACCAAGGCCAGAGCCAGGGAUUCUGAGGGCCUACACAGGCCUGCUGAGGUGUGGAAGGAGGCAGCCAUGGGGGCAAAAGGAGUCUACUGGGACCCGCUCCACUUAGCACCAGCCCCUACCUUAUCUCGUCUGUGCUCUUCAUAAGUGUCAUCAUCGGUGGGCAGCUCAUGGCGGCAAAGGGGGCAGGAAUUUGUCUGGGAAAAGCAGGGCAGUGUUCCAGCCUGGGUCUGGCCAAGAUUCCUCCCCUGAUCCCACUUACCACCCCACUCCUUUGGUCACCCAACAGUUCAUAAACAGGACCUGAGAACCGGGCCCAGGGUGGAGUGAGGGCUGGGAGAGGGGAAGCAGUACCUUGCUUAGCCAGGGCAGAAUGCAGUUGGAAUGAAAGAGGUGAUGGCAAGGCAUCUCAAUGGCCGUCUCCUCCUCCUCAAAUUCCAAAAGACACACGGGGCACUUGAGGUCUUUGAGAGGGAGUGCUGAUCAGGAGAGCUGCUGUGGGCCCCACCCCCAGCCCCCACUCCAGAAAGGCACAUCUGGCCUGGGAAACUGAAGAAGCAGAGCAGUCAGCUCUGGGAGGGCCCCAACAGCUUAGGGAGUAUGUCCUCACCAGCCUGAGACCCCCUGAUGGCUGUCCUGGGGAGGCUCUCGACCACAGCCUUGGCAGCAGGUGGAGGCAGGUGGUGAUCCCAAUCUACUACCAACCCCAAGUCUUCAAAGUCCAUCCUAUUGAAAAGCGACCUGAGGAGGCAGAGGACGCAAGAUCAAAACAAGAAAAGCAUACUUCCUCCUUGCCCCAUAAUCCACUGGAUAUUCAUUAUAAAUACCCUGCCCAGCUAGUAGUCGUCAUAGCUACCCCAUAGGAGGUGCACGGUGGAAAAUGGUUUACAGCUGCGAUUUUGUUCCCAUUUUACACAUGAGGCAACAGAUUCAGAGAAGUUACUCAAGGCUACGCAGCAAUGACCUGGUAGACCCAGACUCCAAGACUGCAGUGCCGGCUUCCGGGGUUCAUGUUUCUAACAAGUACACCUACUCACAUCCACCGGGCCCUACCCCGCCCCUCAAGACCCGCCUUCUCGGGUCCAUCCUAGACCCGGCUGCCCUCUACUCCCACCGCGCCCCAGUCUUCCCCAGACAGAAUCCCCUUGCCCAGGCCCGCCCUGCCGAUCCAAAUUAUCCCGGAUCUCGCCGCCCGGACGACACUCCAGAUAAUUUAUCCCGUCCCUGCCCAGAACUGGCUGGCCCAGAGAAUCCGCCUUCUCCAGGCAACCCUAGCCCAGAAUCCUGUACCUGGGUCCUCACGCCCGAGCGCCGACCUCCCAGCCGUGCGCACCCACCUUGCGAGCUCCAGCAGCAUGUUGGUUCGGGCCUCCUGCUCGGGAUCCAAAGGCUCGCAGUCGUGCUCAUCGAAAUAGGAUGCCAUGACUGCCACGCUGACACAGCCCCCGGACCCCUGCUGGACGGCGACGUCGCGGCACCGGCCAAUAAACUGGCGAGUUGAAAGAGAAUGGCCAAUCAGAGCAUCCGGAGGGCGGACACAAUGGCUUGUUAACGGAACAGAAGGCGGAAGUAUUAAUUUGGCUGCCUCUUAUUGGCUCGAGUAAGUCAGGUGACCAAAGACUAAAGCCGUUGGAGGGGCUGGGACUGACCAGAAAACUUCUGUUUUGGAGUCGGAAUGAAGAGUAGAUGUCUGCUUCUGGUCAUGGCCGUAGCGCUUUGAAAAGCGGUCCUCAGUCAGCCCUGAGGCUCAGAGGACCCCGGCAAUGCAGAUGCUGGAGCCCUGACCCUAAGAUUCAAAUCUGCGAUCUAGGUGAGAGCCAGGACUGCUGCCCUGCCCUCGCCCUCGCCCCCGCGCUGCGCUGCUUUCUGGAUGGUUCAGGAGUUUACACUUGAUUCCUCCCUCACCCCCCUAAAAACAAAAAUUUCUUGCAGAUUUCUUAUGUGUUAUUCACAACGGCUGCUAACCAAGGGGUCAGCAGUUCGAAUCCGCCAGGUGCUCU